AUGCAAGAAACAAGCCAAAUGUCGACCAAUGAAGACCAUGACGAUGCUUCUGAAGUUGAAUCGUGUUUCGUCUGGUUUCAGGCCUCACCUCUAGCGUUUGAAAAUGGCAGCGGGGGUGCUAACUACCUGCCUCCGCUGGACAUUCAACAAGAACAAGACGUCAUUCAAAGAGUUUUUGAUGAGGCACCCAAGCAAAAACGAAGAAGACAACGAGUUCAUUUUGAAAUUGGAACUCCGAGACAGCUUGGAUCUUUCUUGCAAUUGGUACGAAACCAGCCCAAUCAGUGCAUGAGUCUGCACAUUUCAUGCCAUGCUAGACCACAAUACCUGGCUUUUGAAGAUGGAUGGGGUACGGCCUUGCCCAUCACCGUAACUCAUCUCGAAGCACUACUGCAAAGUCAUCGAUCUGAUUGCGAAAGCUUUGCUUCAGUCUUUCAGCUAAUCUUUAUUGCUGCCUGCAAGUCUCGGUCCAUUGGAGAAGCUCUGAGAAAUGCAGGUGCCGCCCAUAUCAUCUGUGCUCAUUCGGAUCGAACCAACAUCAAUGUAUCCUAUGUGCUCGAGUUCUCCAAGGUUAUGUACUCUACUUUUCUUUCAAGUGAAUCCGUAUCUGUGAAGGAAGCCUACGAUCGGGCAAUGAACGAAGUUUCACUGUAUCCCAUAUACAGGCACUUACCACCCCAGUUAUGUCUGCUAUCAGAUAGAGAUAGCCAAGAUUGUGCGACCUACAGAGGUAGCCAUGGGAGGUUACCCAUCCCAGGGAAACGAACUACAAAUACAAACUUUCCAAAACUUCCCAGUUACUUUUCAAGACAUGAUACAGAAGUAUGGAAGGUUCUCCAGCUAGUCAAGGAUACUCAAGAUGAAAACGCUCGCAUUAUUUGGGUCACAGGGGAAGACGAACUUGGAACGAGGUGCACUAUACAAAAUGCUUGCCAAUGUUUGGAGCAACGGCUCGAAACCAACUCGAUUGAAGGCAUUGUUUGGAUGGAGCUCCGAGCGCACCAGCUGCUGUGCAAUGGAAGCUAUCAAGUGCCCUUGAACGAAGUGACGCACCGAAUCAAGACUCAAGUCCAAGAUCGAAAUGUGAUCUUGGUACUGGAUGCCACCCGAUUGGGAUACCAGUCAGUACCAUUGUUGGUGGACAAGAUUUCGACUCUAAUCGAAACCACAGAGCACAUCAAGUUUAUCAUUAUUAAUUCGGAACCGCUACAUCUGACCUGGAACUGUGAAGACCGCCACAUUUCCAUUCCUGCCCUAGGCUUGGAAUCUACAGUCAAGAUCUUUGGUCGACUAUGUCGACACGUUAAGCAAGAACGAGCACCUGGUAUAAAGUGUGCCACCAGUCUGUGGAAUGAAAUGGUUCGAGGGAUGCAGCUAGGCGAAGAUGGUGACAGUAGUCUACUGUCGUACUCUCGCUACCGUGUAUUGUACAAGGGAUUUGGCAAGGGGAAGCUGAACAAUGUGGUGAAUUCUGCUCGAACCAUGUCGCAAGACGAGUUCUUGCAGUAUGUCAAUCUGGGAUACUGUCGGUCUUUGGAUGCACUGCACUCGCGGUAUCUACUCUUAAAGUACUGUCACAAGUUACAGUCUUCCAUCUACGAUGCGCUUGACAAGAAUCGACACGAAGAAGCACGAGACCUCCAAGACCGACUUGAUACGAUGCCAUUGGUCCUCCAGGAGGUCCCGUCUAUGACCGAAUUGUGGAUCAAAUUUGAUGGCGUAUCGAAAGGUCUUCGAGAAUGCUGCAGCCAUCCGCGUUAUACCAAGCGUGACUCAGUGGGAAUUGCACGCCUGAAAGAAGAAGAGCGGGACAUCAAACGGCAAAUUGAAAAGGCCGCAUGCUUUCGUGUCCAACUGAACUAUACUGUCGCGGAUCUCGAUAUCUGUACCAAGAAGGAACGAGAACUAGAAUUGAUUGUUGACUUCACCAAUCAUCUUCUCCUACAGUAUCAGAUUCAUCAAGGAGACUACGAAAAGGAAGCCUUGCUCUCAUCGUUAGAGAAUGGUAGUGGCACGAUUACAUCUUUGGAAAUGAGUGUCGAAGAAGGACUAAAGCACUCGCGAGCAACACUCUUCUCCAGUCUUGAGUGCCUUCCACUGUCCCCAGACCAAGUGGGUUUCGACCAGUACUUGCAAACGUUUCGAGCGGCGAAGAGAUCCAUAUCUGCCAUCAAGAUACAAGCUCUCACGCGAGGAAUGCUCACUCGCAUUGAAAAGAGAAAGAAGAAUGCUUUCUUGCUAAAUGUACAAAAGCUGAUGCAAGGAUCCAUGCACAAAAUAAGGUGCCGACGAGUGGUUCGGGAUGAGGACGAACAGACAAUCGACGAGGAGGAUGAAAUGAUGACCCAGGCUUCCACUGUAGUCAGUGGGGUCGCGGAAGAUUUUAAGAAGGGAGUUGACGACCUAGCUCAAAGUCUCCAUACCGCUACAACGGUUCCAUUGAGCGAGCUCUCGCAUUCGGCCCACCGGUCCAUUCAGGGUGGGUUCAAGUUUGUGCGCCAAGUGAGCUUUCGAGUUCAAGAUCGAUGGAAGACUGGUGCCCCACUUCGAGAAAUUCCGUUUUCCAAAGCUUUUGGUGAAUCAGAGGAUCUCGAAGAUGCCGAGAGUGGAGGAUCUCGGUGGCAUACCGGUACAGCUCGCCAUGAAAUUUUGCUUCCUUUGUCCUUCCGCUAG